AUCGCCCUGAAGAAUGAUCAUUAUGUUGGAUAAUCCUCCUACAGAGAUAACCAGUGUUGGCGCGACCUCUCAUGUCGCACAGAAUGAUUCAUGCCGAGUGGACGAUCACUGGCCUUUCAGCACACAGCUCACGAUGGCGCCGUUUGUGCUUUGUUGCGCUUCUCUCAGCUAAUUUCCUAACUCGGCCUUCCACCCCAGAGAGCUCAAUAUGUCAAAUACUAAUAUACCCGUGCUCGCUACAUGCCUUGGGCCCAUUCACUCAUGUAAAAACAGCCCAGGGCUGGCAAAACACCGUUUCUUUCCUUUGUCUUCAUUAUGUCUUCUCUUAUUUUCGAGUACAUUCAUUCGGAGAUUGAUAAGAUUCUGUGUAUUUCAGACAUAGAUCUGUCUACAACUCCCGCAACGCCGGUCGUUACUGUCACUCUCGCGAUUGUCUCGGUCAUUUUUCCUAUUUUGUCUCUACUAUCGAUCCUUCUUCGGUUCCGGGCGCGACCGAGAUGUCGACUACAGCUGAAAGGAGACGACUGGUGGAUUCUCGCAGCGUGGCUCUCCACUUUAGGCAUAAGCAUCACGAUCUGGGUGUAUGGCGGCAUCGCCGGAAUAACCCAGUACAAGAUGAACAUAGUAGAGGGGAUGAGAACGUCACUCGAGUGUCUCUUCGUCCUGAGCCUCAUCCUCCAAGUCUCGCUGUCGACGGUCAAGAUUUCAAUCCUGUUCCUGUAUAAGCGGAUCUUCGCGACGAACAAGUUCCAGAUCAUCUCGUGGAUCAGCAUCGCCCUGGUGGUCAUCUGGGGAUUUACUUUCUUUUGUUUGAUUAUGUUCGCCCGCGACCCGACGAGCGGCUCCUGGACGGGGCGUGGCAGGUUCCGAUUCAAUGUCAUCUCAAUGGGCAUGGCCCAGUCAACCACCAGUAUCGCGAUAGACUUCGCCGUUCUUUUACUUCCGAUGCCCAUGCUUCUCUCUCUCCAAAUGCCCGCUCAGAGGAAGAUCGGCAUCAUGCUGAUCUUCUGGCUGGGGGCUUUUUGCUGCAUCGCCGCCAUAAUCCGUUACUUCUUCCUCCGAAAGGCACUCGCCAGCGUGGGCAAGGGAUAUGGCGCCGUACAAUCCCACGUAGUCAUUCUCCGACUAGAGAGUAACCAGGCCGUGUUCAUGGUCCUCGAGCCCAACUGCUCCAUCAUCGCCGCGUGUCUGCCAUGCUACGGGAACCUGUUCCGGGAUGAUCGAUGCCUCGGGUCGAUGGUGCGCAACGUCUGGUCGAUUUUCUCCACCCGCAGCCAGAACAGCCACCACGGCUAUGGCUAUCGGACCGAGACGGAGUCGCAGAUCGAACUCACACAGGAUUCGGCCCGGUGGCAGGCUCAUGAGGGCCAGCGGACUCGGGUGAAGGGUGGAGGAAUGGAGCGGCGGGGAGAUGAGGAGAGGGCGGAGUGUGCGUCGCCGGGGAUUAGGGUUCAGACGCGCGUUGAAGUCACGGAGUCGAUGCGGUAGUCGUCUUCCCGUGGCUUCCGGGGGGAAGUUUGAGGCAUCGUGUCCUU